AUGUCAUCUAAGUACAAAGAUAAAGACACCGGGACGACAGUAGCCACUUUGAACGCGAAAUGGGUAUCAUGGGUUCAUACCGUUAUCGCAUACGCCGCUUUCUUGAGUGCUCUGUCCGUGGGCAUGUACCUUCAUUACCAUAAGAUAGUCAAGAAUGAAUUCUAUGGCUAUCCCGACGAAUGGUUCCCCUCUGUUUCUGCUACUAUAGGCGAUCGAUACCCCGAGCGAUCUUUCUUUAUGCUUUUCAUAGCUUUGACUUCCGGACCUAGAUUUGCACUCGUUACUCUUUGGUAUCUCCUUACCACGAAGCCCGGAAAGGCCCUCCCCAAGUUCAUCGCUGGCGUGGGUAUUUUUAGGACUCUUACGUGUGGGGGGUGGACCUACGUGACCUCGACCGACGAUCAUGAUUGGCAUGAUAUCUUUAUGAUUUCCUACCUUAUAGCUACUAUUCCGUGGACCUUUGGCUGUAUUGCCUUGAGUCCACCGAACCGGAAAGCUAUCAAGUAUCGAAAGUAUCUCGCAACAGCUUUCUUCGGCAUGAUACCUCCGAUGGUAUACUUCUUCAUUCAGCACAAGAUCCGCCGGGUUGCAGGAGCUUACACUAUUUAUUCGCUCCUCGAGUGGUCUCUUAUCCUAUUUGACGUCGCCUUUGACGCGGUUACUGCUCUCGACUUCGAUACUUUUGAGAUUGUAGUUAGGGACGUGAAAGGUUUGAGUACGGGGUACGUACAACGGCUUCCCAGGUAG